GUCCAACGGGCGCUCCUCCAAGCGGAGCCUUGGAGGGCACGGCCGGCACCAUUACCUCCAACGAGUGGAGCUCUCCCAACUCCCCCGAGGGGAGCAACGUCUCUGGGGGCAGCCAGGCCUUGGACAAGCCCAUCGACAAUGACGCGGAGGGCGUGUGGAGCCCUGACAUCGAGCAGAGCUUCCAGGAGGCCCUGGCCAUCUACCCGCCCUGUGGUCGGCGCAAGAUCAUCCUCUCAGACGAAGGUCGGAAUGAGCUGAUCGCCCGCUACAUCAAGCUCCGGACAGGGAAGACCCGCUCCAGGAAGCAGGUGUCCAGCCACAUCCAGGUGCUGGCUCGGCGAAAAGCCCGCGAGAUCCAGGCCAAGCUAAAGGAUCAGGCAGCUAAGGACAAGGCCCUGCAGAGCAUGGCUUCCAUGUCAUCCGCCCAGAUCAUCUCUGCCACAGCCUUCCACAGUAAAAUGGCCCUCGCCCGGGGCCCAGGCUACCCGGCGGUCUCAGGGUUUUGGCAAGGAGCUCUGCCGGGCCACGCCGGAACGUCCCACGAUGUGAAACCUUUCUCUCAGCAAACCUACGCUGUGCAGCCGUCACUGCCUCUGCCAGGGUUCGAGUCUCCCGCCGGAGCCACCCCGUCGCCCUCCGCGCCCCCAGCACCCCCGUGGCAGGGCCGCAGCGUGGCCAGCCCCAAGCUCUGGAUGUUGGAGUUCUCUGCCUUCCUGGAGCGGCAGCAAGACCCCGAAACGUACAAUAAGCACCUGUUCGUGCACAUCGGCCAGUCGAGCCCCAGCUACAGCGACCCCUACCUCGAAGCCGUGGACAUCCGCCAGAUUUACGACAAGUUCCCGGAGAGGAAGGGUGGUCUCAAGGAGCUCUUUGAACGGGGACCCUCCAACGCCUUUUUCCUCGUGAAGUUCUGGGCAGACCUCAACACCAACAUCGAGGAUGAGGGCAGCUCCUUCUACGGGGUGUCCAGCCAGUACGAGAGUCCCGAGAACAUGACCAUCACCUGCUCCACCAAGGUCUGCUCCUUUGGCAAGCAGGUGGUGGAGAAGGUGGAGACCGAGUACGCGCGCUACGAGAACGGCCACUACUCCUACCGCAUCCACCGCUCGCCGCUCUGCGAGUACAUGAUCAACUUCAUCCACAAGCUGAAGCACCUGCCCGAGAAGUACAUGAUGAACAGCGUGCUGGAGAACUUCACCAUCCUGCAGGUGGUCACCAACAGAGACACGCAGGAGACGCUGCUGUGCGUCGCGUAUGUCUUCGAGGUGUCGGCCAGUGAGCGCGGGGCUCAGCACCACAUCUACCGGCUGGUGAAGGAAUGAGAGACCGGGGAGCAGGGAGGGGCGCGGGACAUCGUGUGCGCAGGGACGUGGGGAGGGGACCCGCGGGGCAGCCCCCCCAAGGCGCCAACAGGGUUGAGGUCGUGACUCUUCUACCCGGGAACAAACUGCCUGAACCCGCAGUGCCUAAGCCCAAUAAACCCAAGAUCUGUGCAUCUUCAGAG